AAGAGAAUGCAGACACGUUUCACGCACGUGCUCGAACGAAGGCUAUAGGCUAUCUAUGAGACACAGCUACGCCGGAAUUUAUCACCCAGUACUCGGGCCUUCGUAGAAACCGCCUUUAUUUUUUUUAUUAUUGGGUUCUCCAGUCUCUAAUUCCUCUAUUUCCCCCAACCACCCUUAGUGAAAGUAAAAAUAAUCAGCCCAAAUAUUAAAUAAAAUCGCAAAGAAAAAUCUAAAUCUAAAUCUAAAUCCCCCCAUUGCCAUCCUCUAUUCCUCGUAACCAAAUCUGCCCACUUUAUAUGGAAUGAAGGACUAUAGGUUAGCACCGACGAUGAAUCUAUGGACGGACGAUAACGCCCCGGUUAUGGAAGCUUUUAUGAGCUCCGAUCUUUCGUCUUUGUGGCCGCCGCCGCUAUCCUCUGCCUCCACUUCCACUCCAGCUGCUUCUGCUGCCGGUGGUGGUGGUGGUGGGGGGGGGCACGACCUCUCCAUUUCUUUCCUCGCCCAAUCUCAGCCUUCCGUUUCUCUCCUCAAUCAAGAAACUCUUCAACAGCGUCUCCAGGCGCUGAUCGAAGGAGGCCGUGAUUGUUGGACUUACGCCAUUUUUUGGCAGUCCUCGUACGAUUACUCGGGCGCUACCGUGCUUGGCUGGGGCGACGGGUAUUACAAAGGCGAAGAAGAUAAAGGGAAAGGGAAGUCCAAAGCUUAUUCGUCUUCAGUUGCGGAACAAGAGCACCGUAAAAAAGUGCUCAGGGAACUUAAUUCUUUGAUUUCUGGCUCAACAGCCACCGCCGACGACGCUGUCGACGAAGAAGUCACCGACACCGAGUGGUUCUUUUUAGUAUCCAUGACGCAAUCUUUCGUCACCGGCAGCGGGCUCCCGGGGCAGGCGCUUUACAAUUCCAGUCCGGUUUGGGUUGCCGGUUCGGGCCGAUUAGCCAGCUCGAUGUGCGAGAGAGCCAGGCAAGGGCAGCUUUUCGGUUUGCAGACGAUCGUUUGUAUACCGUCGGCGAAUGGCGUUGUCGAAUUGGGGUCAACGGAACUUAUCACGCAAAGCUCAGAUCUGAUGAAUAAGGUUCGGAUUUUGUUUAAUUUCAAUAAUGGGAUUGAAGCUGGUUCUUGGUCUGUGAGUAAUAACACAGCUGAUCAAGGCGAAAAUGAUCCGUCUUCGCUUUGGAUUAGUGAACCAAAUAAUGGAGUCGAACCCAAGGAUAACAAUAACAACGGCAAUCACAAUCCGUCGAUUCAGGAUCCAAGUACGAGCAGUUUAACUGAGAAUCCAAGUUCUAUUCAUGGUGGAAAUCAGCAGCAGCAGCCGCAGGGACAGAGUUUCCGCUUGAAUUUCUCCGAUUAUGGCUUUGAUGGGAAUAGCAGUGUGAAGAAUGGAAAAUUUUCAGCUCAUUUGUUGAAACCAGAAUCCGGGGAGAUAUUGAACUUUGGCGAGAGUAAGAAAAGUGGGAAUGGGAAUUUGUUUUCAGCCAAUUCUCAGUUAGUGGUGGAGGAGAAUAAGAAGAAAAGGUCGCCUACUUCGAGAGGGAGUAAUGAAGAUGGAAUGAUUUCGUUCACUUCUGGCGCAGUUUUGCCUUGUUCGGGUGUGGCCAAACCCGGUGGCUGUGCUAGGGAUUCGGACAACUCUGAUAUCGAAGCUUCCAUCGUGAAGGAAGCUGAUAGUAGCAGAGUUGUGGAGCCUGAAAAGAGGCCUCGGAAACGAGGGAGAAAACCAGCAAACGGAAGAGAAGAGCCUCUGAACCACGUAGAAGCAGAGCGGCAAAGAAGAGAGAAGCUUAACCAGAAGUUUUAUGCGCUGCGUGCCGUAGUUCCUAACGUAUCAAAGAUGGAUAAAGCAUCGCUCCUUGGUGAUGCUAUUUCGUAUAUUAACGAGCUUAGGACAAAGGUGCAGGAUGCAGAUUCAGAGAAAGAGGAGUUGCUGAAACAAUUAGAUGAGAUGAAGAAACAAUUGGCAAGUAAAGAGUCUUGUUCGAUGGCACCACCACCGCCUGAUCAAGACCGCAACAUGUCGAACAAAUUGAUUGAAUUAGAUAUCGAUGUCAAGAUCAUAGGAUUGGAUGCAAUGAUUCGAAUCCAAUGCAGUAAAAAGAACCAUCCAGCUGCAAGGCUGAUGACUGCCUUGAAGGAGUUAGACCUUGAUGUGCAUCACGCUAGUGUGUCAGUAGUAAACGACUUGAUGAUCCAGCAAGCAAGCGUGAAGAUGGGGAGCCGGUUUUACACACAGGAGCAGCUCAGAAUAGCUCUAGCAUCCAAAGUUGGAGAUGCAAGAUAAGAGAGUGAUGAGCAGAGCUUGACCUGUGUAAGCAAUUGGGAUCAUUAGAGCUUGAACAAAAAUGAUAAAAUAGAACCAGAGUUUCAUUGUUUAAACUGGCAGCAGGUCUCUGGGACAUUUUAUGGCUCCCGGUAGCACAAGCUCUGUAAAAUAUUGUUCCAUUUUGCUCCUAUUAUUAGUGUUUAGUGUAGGUAUUAGUCUCUUAGUGGUGAUUUGAAUCAAGGAGGGUUGAUUUCCCCCAUUAAUUCAUCACUGAAAACUGCCUUUUUGGUGUUAAAUCUUGUAGUUGUAUGCCUUCACUCUUCAAUGUAUAUUUGUUUCAUUGGGACAAGUUUUACUGGACCUAAA